AUGUCGUUGGGGAAAGACGGAAACGUGGGACGGCUGAUUGAUGAACUGUGUCUGAUUGUGGAAGCGUCCGGUGGGAACCGGACGGCUGUGGAAAUGCGAGGGCAGAGCGAGUUUAAAGCGGUGUUAGCGAAGGUACAAACAUGGUUUUGUAGUCAUGUGUGUCUGUUUAUCAUUGAUGAUGUGUGGGUGGUGAAUGAUAUAGACGCGAAUAUCCUUCAAAAGUUGUCUGUUCUGGCUGAGACUGCGGGGAGCAGCGGGGGAAAGACGAGCAGACUACUGUACUCCACGAGGGAUAAGGAGCUGUGUCAGAUUGGAGAGCGGGUUGCUUUCGAGCCGAGGGAGAAAGUAGGGAAAGAAGCAGUUGAGAUGCUUGUGCACGCGAGUGGGGCGAAUCGAGAGGAAGUGGAUGAUGCGAGAUGCAAGGAAGCCGUGAGUGAAAUACUGAAAAUGUGUGGCGGAUUGCCGCUUGCGCUGAACGUGGCGGGAACGAGCGUGAGGUACAUGAGGGAAAGAUGGAAGGGAGAAAAAUCAGAAGCAUGGGGAGCGUACCUUUCGAGGAUGAAGAGUCGUAACACGAUUCGUGAGGAGAGUCCGCAGGACGGAUAUUCGUCGUUGAAUGGGACAUUGCAUACGUCACUGGAUAUCCUGGAGUCGUAUGUGGGAAGGAGUGGGGAGACGGUUGAUGAGUUUUCGUUUCGAAAGAUGCACCGGAGUCUGUGCGUUAUGAAGAAGCAAGACCGGAUACCUUUGAGUUUGGUUGGAGAUUUGUGGGAGAUGGACGAGGAGCGGACGGAAAGGUGUGCAAAGGAGAUGGAAAGGGUUGGACUAGUAGAAGUGCAGUAUGACAAGGAUUGUGGUGGGUUGCGGGUGCAUGAUCUGACGCACGAUUUCGCGGUGGAAGAAGCGAAGAAGAAGGAGGGUGUAGAAGAGUGGUAUAAGAAGAUGGCGGAUGUGUGCAGGGCAGGAGAAGGGUUGCUUGCGAUGAGUGAGGACCGAGACGGAGAGGGGAAGAGCGCACGGGAGGAGUAUGUUUUCGAGAAUAUAUAUCGUGUUUUGAAGCAGGGUGGGUGUGUAGAGGAGCUGAAGAGGCUAUUUUUGAGUGCGCGAUGGGUGAAGACAGUGAUACGGAGAGGCGGGGUUUGGCAAUACGAGGAAGCUGUGAAGGGAUUGAGUAGAAACUUGAAGGGGAAAAGAGGAAGCGGGAAGGUGGGAAUGGGACGGGGAGAUGAGGAUGCAGUGGAUGGAAUGGUUUUGAUGAUGCGGGCGGCGCGACUGAGUGUACCGUUUUGUGGUGAAAACAGUACCGGGAUUUACUUUCAACUAUAUGGGCGAGUGAAGCACAAGGCACGGGAUUCAAGUUGUGUGCGAAACAUGCUGGAGGAAAUUGAGAGAUACGCACCACGGCCGUGGUUACAGCCUGUGAGUGAGUGUGUAGCGCGAGCCGAUGGAAAGAUGGUGGAGCAGAUUGUUCUGCCACAUGACGGUACUGAAAUUCAAGUGGGCAUGGAUUCCAGUGGUGAAGUGUAUGGAUGUCAAGUGGCGCGGCCCCGGGCAAAAGUACUAGUUUUCACGCAAUCUGCUGAGAAGGAGACGAAGAUGGUUGAAUUGGAAGGCGAGUUCGAAACGGAGAGCCAGGGCCCAGGGGAUCUUGAAGCAAGCAGGCACAAAAUGUGUCGACGUUUCAGGGCAUAUUUUGGAAUGUGCUUUGGAAGUUUAACCUCCGAAGUGACUGGAGAAAACCCGAGCGUGACUGUAGAAAACCCGAGCGUGACUGCAGAAAACCCGAGCGUGACAAGAGCCACCUGCGCGACUCUCUGUGAGAGGAAGGAGAAUGUUGUUGUGGGAUAUGAAGACGGGACGUUGAGGCUGUGGAGUACGUCGGAGAGGAAAGUAUUGAGAAUUUUCCGCGGUCACAAGUCGAAAGUGGUUUGCGUUGCGAUGAGUGGGGACGGAAGACGUGUGGUAUCUGGAUCGUGGGACGGGAGCGUGCGGGUGUGGGGCGUGGAGACGGGAGCACAAGUCGGGGAGGCGUUAGUUGGACACACGAGUUGGGUGGUUAGCGUUGCGAUGAGUGGGGACGGAAGACGUGUGGUAUCUGGAUCGUGGGACAAGAGCGUGCGGGUGUGGGACGUGGAGACGGGAGCACAAGUCGGGGAGGCGUUAGUUGGACACACGGAAACAGUGCGUAGCGUUGCGAUGAGUGGGGACGGAAGACGUGUGGUAUCUGGAUCAUAUGACAAGAGCGUGCGGGUGUGGGACGUGGAGACGGGAGCACAAGUCGGGGAGGCGUUAGUUGGACACACGGGUGAGGUGUUAAGCGUUGCGAUGAGUGGGGACGGACGGAAGACGUGCGGUAUCUGGAUCGGAUGACGGGAGCGUGCGGGUGUGGGACGUGGAGAGAGGGAUCACACUUCAUACCGGGAGGGAAGAGGAUUGGGAAGAAAUCAGGAGUCGGUUCCUGAAGACGGCAGACUUGGGUACUGCUUCUCGCGCAGGACGAACAUCAAAAAUAUUUUCAAGGGGCGGAAGAAAAAUAUUUUCAAGGGGCGGAAGAAUGGUGCAAAGGCGAGAGGAUGGGUCUGAGGCUGUCUUGGCCCAGUUGGAGAGUGACGUACGAGACUUGCAGAUAGACCACGAUCACGGGGUCGCAGUUGCAGCGGCGGGCAAUCUGGUUGCUAUCAUGAAAGCUAGUGGUG